AUGCCUGCCGCGUCACCGCUUCUCUUGUAUGAACCGUCAUAUCUAGAUGCCCGAGACUUCGCAGCGGUUUUUAGCCGGCCACGGAAGCAGCCCGUCCUUCGGUCAAGUCGACCGAGCCCAGCAGCUGACGGGACCCAGCAUCAUCAGCAGCAGUUGUUCAAACAGUCCUUUUCAGGGCUAACUUCCGAAAGUCAUUCGAUCACCACUCUUCGAGGCCCCACUCGCUUCACUCUCUGCUACUGCCUUCCCUCUGAGACGCCAGCCCACUCCUGCAGCUUUCAGCCCACUCCUGCAGCUUUCAGCACUCCUGCAGCCUCUAGCUCACUCCUGCAGCUUCCAGCACUCCUGCAGCUUUCAGCUCACUCCUGCAGCUUCCAGCACUCCUGCAGCCUCCAGCUCACUCCUGCAGCUUCCAGCACUCCUGCAGCUUCCAGCAGUCUCCAGCUCACUCCUACCGCUUCCAGCUCACUCCUGCAGCUUCCAGCACUCCUGCAGUUUCCAGCUCACCCCUGCGGCGCUCUACUGACGUCCCGCUACCUAUUCCAGCACCCGCUGACGAUCUAA